AUGGCUCGUACUCCUUACUUUAGCAGUGUCAUUUCUGAAUCCGCCUUUAAGGCUCGUUUCGAAGCCGAGAAUGGGAAACUAUUUUCGGAGCUAGAAAAUGUAGCCGCCAGUUACUGGGGACGACCCCAUUUGCUUGCAUGUCGAGUAGUACGGCGGGACCCGCAGCGCAACUUGCUUCCCAUCCUAUCACAAUAUGUGACACCCUCUGAUGUGCGGACUUCAUCGGAUGAAAUCAGAGCAUUCCUGCAAGGUCCCGACUUGACUUGCAUGGCUCAAAGCGAGCACUAUUUAGUGCGAAGGUCCAAUCGUGGCAUCUCUCUUGCUCAAAUUUGGGCAGCAAUGGCCAUGUUCAAGGGCAGCCAGGAUCGUCGCAUGCGAGACGCAUCUACUAUGCAGGAACAAAACGAACAGGAGAGUGACAACGACACUGAGGCAAGGCAGCCAAAGCGUCUCAGAAGACAUACGUUCCAGCCAGACUUCAUCGACUCCAGCGGAAUCCAGGUUGGCUCUAGCAGUCCACCGCACGACGGCUCGCACGAUGGCUCCCAAGGGUCCUCUCUAGGUUAUGUCGACCCUGAUACACACUAUUUGAGUAUAACUCCGGAAGACGACACUCUACGACUUGCCUCAUGCGUUAUUCGACAUAUCCUUUAUUUUGCCCCGCCCCAGAACUCACCAUCAAUGUCAACUGUUGUCGAGUUUCGAGACGCUAAAGCAAGACUCGCCGCUACUACAUUAGUCGGGAAACGGCAGAUAGUUGCCAUUGACGACGGUGGCCUAUGUUUGCGAGAGCAAAACCAAGGUGGAUCUUUUAAACUUGCGCAGAACCACGUUGCGAUUUUAGAAGCGAAGACGCAAUUCCAGUGUCUUGAAAAUGGUCGACCUAUUAUCUCUGAUAGAAGUUUCGCCCAGAUGGUUUGCGAAGCACUCGCAUCCAGAUUAUCUGAUGAAGGUCACAACUCACAACAAAGGUGGGCUUCAUCGACUUCAGACUGUAAACGCUGA